AACUCAUUCAUAAGUUUCGAGAUGGCCGUUUUGAUCGCACUCUUAGUGGCAGUGAUCACCCUCGUGGUGUGGUAUGUCCACCAAAAUUUUAACUACUGGAAGCGCCGCGGUAUUCCACACGAUGAACCAAGUAUUCCGUUUGGAAAUACCAAAGAGUUUAUGAAAACAAAGCAUAUAUCGCUACUCGCCCGGGACGCGUACAUAAAGUACAAAAACAAGACCGAUGGACCGUUUGUGGGAUUUUACAUGUAUUUUAAAAAGUUUGUUAUUCCCACGGAUAUUGAUUUUGUAAAGACUGUGUUGAUCCGCGAAUUCGACAAGUUUCACGAUCGUGGUAUCUUCCACAACGAACGCGACGAUCCUCUCUCCGGUAAUCUGGUAAACAUCGAAGGACAAAAGUGGAAAACUCUUCGCCAGAAGCUAACCCCCACCUUUACGUCCGGAAAAAUGAAGAAUAUGUUUCCCACUAUACUGGAUGUGGGCGAUCAACUGAUUUCGGUUUUCGGAGAAAAGGUUUCCGCCAGCCAGGGCGGCUUGGAAAUCACGGAUCUCUUGGCUCGCUUCACCGCCGAUGUCAUCGGGAGCUGCGCCUUUGGCCUUGAUUGCCAUUGUCUGAAGGACCCCAAGGCGGAGUUUGUCAAAAUGGGAGUGUCUGCCAUCACCGAACGGCGACAUGGAAGAGCCAUGGACCUCUUCUUGUUUGGGGCUCCCAAAUUGGCGGCCAAGCUACGCAUGAAGGCCAAUGUGCAAAAGGUCGAGGAUUUCUAUAUGAACAUCAUCAAGGACACAGUGGAUUAUCGAGUGAAGAAUAAUGUGAAGCGUAACGACUUUAUGGACAUGCUGAUCGAGAUGAAGCUGAAGUACGAUAAUGGCAACAAACAGGAUGGUCUCACAUUCAACGAGAUUGCCGCCCAGGCCUUUAUAUUCUUCCUGGCUGGAUUCGAGACGAGCUCCACGACCAUGGGAUUCGCUCUCUACGAACUGGCCCUCAACCAGGAUGUACAGGAUAAGCUGAGACUGGAAGUUAACAGUGUGCUGGAAAAGCAUGACGGGAGACUAAGCUACGAUUCAAUGCGGGAGCUGGUAUAUAUGGAUAAGGUCAUCGAUGAAACCAUGAGGAAACGCCCUGUAGUUGGACAUUUGAUUCGCAUUGCAACUCAACGUUAUGAGCACAGCAAUCCCAAGUAUUACAUUGAACCUGGCACUGGUGUCAUGGUGCCCUCCUACGCCAUCCACCAUGAUCCUGAGUUCUAUCCGGAGCCGGAGAAGUUCAUUCCGGAACGCUUCGACGAGGAGCAGAUAAUGCAACGUCCGGCGUGUACGUUCCUGCCGUUCGGCGAUGGUCCUCGUAAUUGUAUUGGCCUUCGAUUUGGCCGGAUGCAGGUGAUUGUUGGAAUGGCUCUUCUCAUCAAAAACUUUAAGUUUGAAGUGCAUCCUACAAAGACUCAAGUUCCUCUCAAAUACAGAUGCGAUGAUAUUUUGAUCAGUGCCGAAGGUGGCAUUCAUCUGAAAGUCAGCAAAGUUUAGGGGUUACAGAAUAUAAUAGAAAAACAAUUAUAACUAAUUAAGAUAGGUUGAAACUUUCAAUGCAAU